CAAACUCUGCUUCAUGUUGUGCGUAAUGCGGAACCUUCGAAGAGGGGAAGAUUUAGACGGGUGGACAACUUGCAGACAUGUCGGACGUGCCAGAUAACGCUAACGAGCACUGCCCGGGUACACAAAGUGAGCAGGCAGGAAAGACGUCGUCAUGUCAGGGAUGUCCCAACCAGAAACUGUGUGCUUCUGGAGCCACCAAGGCCCCCGACCCUGCUAUCGCAGAGAUAGGAGCAAAGCUGUCGACAGUCAAACAUAAGAUCCUCGUGCUGUCUGGAAAAGGAGGAGUGGGGAAAAGCACCUUCAGCGCUCACCUGGCACACGCCCUGGCAAAUGACGGCACAAAGGAGGUCGCCCUGCUGGAUGUAGAUAUCUGCGGUCCAUCCAUUCCUCGGAUCAUGGGUUUAGAGGGAGAACAGGUUCACCAGAGCGGUUCAGGCUGGUCUCCUGUGUAUGUCGAGGAAAACCUGGCCGUCAUGUCUAUCGGCUUCCUGCUCAGUAGCCCUGAUGAUGCCGUGAUCUGGAGAGGACCCAAGAAGAAUGGGAUGAUCAAGCAGUUUCUGAGAGACGUCGACUGGGGGGACCUGGAUUACCUCAUCGUGGAUACGCCCCCUGGCACCUCUGAUGAACACCUGUCAAUUGUCCAGUAUCUAAGCUCCACCCACGUCGACGGAGCUGUGAUCAUCACCACGCCCCAGGAGGUAGCUUUGCAGGACGUGCGGAAGGAGAUCCGGUUCUGUCAGAAGGUCAAGCUGCCAAUCAUCGGAGUGGUGGAGAACAUGAGUGGCUUCGUUUGUCCUUCAUGCAAGAACACAUCCCAGAUCUUCCCUCCAACCAGCGGAGGUGCUGAGCGAAUGUGUGAGAAUCUAAAGCUACCACUGUUGGGAAAGGUACCUCUGGACCCGAGGAUAGCGCGGAGCUGUGACGAGGGCAAGUCUUUCCUCAACGAAGUACCUGACUCUCCAGCUGCUAAAGCCUACCACAGUAUUGUGCAGAGUAUUCAGGACUAUUGUUCCAACCGUGUGACAGAUGAGCAGAGCACCGACUGAGCCCACUUUGAUGAUCGGCCAUAUCGGACCAGAACACUGAGACAGAUCACAUGAUGAGAGUGUGAAAUGAAGCUACUGAGUGAGAAACCCACACAGGAACGCUCGUACUAAUGAAGUCUUCCAGAAUUAUCUAAACAUCUUCAAUGGCCAUUUCAUUGUAAUAUAAUCGAGACAAGUUCCACUUUGUAAUAAAUAUCUAAAAAUAAUCACAGCUUUUUUUAUGACUGUUCGUAGUUUGAACAUCAGUACGUCGUUUUUAGUCUCAGACUUUGAAAACUGCUGCAUUAAAUGUCGCCCAAAUGAAAGUAAAUAAUGCGUCUGUAGGGGACUAUUUUCAGCUGGGGAUUAAUACACAUUUGUUAUUUGAGUAUGCUGCAUAAUACUGCAAUACACAGACAAUACUUUACCUGUUAUUUUUGGUCUUUUAAUGAGAAGAAUAUGGCAUAUCACCAGACUUAUCCAUUUAUUCAGUCUGGUAGGUCAGCACGUGCUGCUCUUGUAGUUUACGCUCUCUUUGUUAGAGUACUAUGUCUCCCAGUUGUGCUGCAGUAGGCGAUAAUGGUAUUUGAGGAAGUUAAAUCUCUGAUCAUGUAGUAUAUCAAGAACUAGCAUCAAAUAUUUAACUAUUUCCUACCACUAUAUUUUGUUACCCUCAGUUGUAUUUAUGGCUCCAUCGGCCACCGCAUUUUCUGGUUAAAGUGAAUCAAUAGUUGGCAAAGAGAGAAAGUCAAAUGACGGUACCAUCAGUCAGAUUUAAACAAUGCUGUGUUGUCAGCAUAGUAUUCAAUUUCAAUUUCCCAGUUGAUUGUUUUCUCUAAUUCUAAUCGUUCCACAUAUGAAAUGAGAAGACUGUAUGAAGAUGUUAAUCUUUCAAGUAAUGCAGAUUGUUUGCUUUGUUUUCCACACGCGUUUAGUGAAUGUAAAAAUGUGAGCACAUCAAGAAAAAAAAACAAACGAGACAAAGCUCACCAACAUUUGUGCGCUUACUGACCAGAUGUAAAGUUUGAGUAUUCAUUUGUUCUAAACCAUUGUUUUGGACACAUCAUUUUGUGCAUUUACUUGCUUUAAGUGAUUUAUAAAAUAAAUUAUCAAACAUGAAA